AUGUCAACCUCCACCGAGACCUCCACUCCGCGUGUCCGCCGCCCCUCACCCUACCGCCUACCCACUUUACCAGCCUUCCUCGCGUCAUUUGCGCCGUUGCACGCUGCCGGGUGGCGAUUGGAUGUGCUCUCUGCCAGCGACACUAGCGGGGCGCGCGCGACGUCCCACAGUGCGGCGGAGGAUAUGAUAUCGGGCGCGGAUCUGCAAGGGCGUCGGCUGGUGCGGGCGUACUCGUUUCCGCGGGAUCGAGAUGGAUGGCGCGCACUGAUGACUUUGAUGGGAUGUAUCGGCGAGGCCGUGGAGGAAUUAGAUCACCACCCACUCCUCCUCGCCGCGCCGGCAUCCGACCUCCCGCCCGACGUCGUCGCCCUCACCACGGGCGAAGGAUAUGUGCUUCACAUCGCGACGCACACGCACACGCCCAUGCCGCCGCUGGGCGUGCAGAUGGAGGGCAAGCCAGCGCCUGGCGUGACGGGGAAAGAUAUCGCUCUGGCAGAGCGCGUCGAGCGGGCGUUCGGUGGGCUGCGCGACGCCGGUGAGUAG